UCUUAACUUAGCACACCUCAUAAGAAGUAACUAUAAGGUUCGUUAUAUAUAUAUAUAUACACUUUUAUGUCUUGUAACUAAACACAAUCUCCCUUCCCUACUCACCAUCACACCGCCACCAUGGCCGAUGAUCAGAAACACGAAGAAAACGGUGUUUCUAGCAAUACCAAAGAAGUCGGUAUGACCGAAAAGAAACACGAGGACAACGACGUUGUUGUUUCUAGCAAAAACAAAGAACUCAUAGCCGACUUUGAUCCACCAAAGAAACCAAAGAGAAACAAGUAUGCUUUUGCCUGUGCCUUGUUGGCUUCCAUGACUUCUAUCUUGCUUGGUUAUGAUAUUGGUGUGAUGAGUGGAGCGCAAAAAUACAUCAAGAGAGAUUUUAAUUGUAACGACCGGCAAAUCGAGAUUAUGGUGGGUAUUUUGAAUAUAUAUUCGUUGGUGGGAUCAGCCCUGGCCGGGAGAACAUCUGACUGGCUAGGUCGUCGCUAUACUAUCGUGUUAGCUGGAGCUAUAUUUUUCGCAGGAGCAAUACUCAUGGGGUUCGCGACUAACUACUCGUUUCUCAUGUUUGGUCGGUUUGUGGCGGGUAUCGGCGUUGGAUACGCACUUAUGAUCGCACCCGUUUAUACCGCCGAGACUUCCCCGGCGUCUGCUCGUGGCUUUCUCACUUCGUUCCCUGAAGUUUUCAUUAACGUUGGAAUAUUGCUGGGGUAUGUGUCGAAUUAUGCAUUCUCAAAACUUCCAUUGCACUUGGGAUGGCGAUUCAUGUUGGGAAUUGGAGCCAUCCCUUCGGUAUUCCUAUCCCUGGUUGUGCUAGGCAUGCCGGAGUCGCCUCGUUGGCUGGUUAUGCAAGGUCGACUUGGUGAUGCCAAAGUUGUACUUGAUAAAACCUCCGAUAGCCUAGAAGAAUCUAGGCUUCGGUUGGCUGAUAUCAAGGAAGCGGCUGGUAUACCCCAAGACUGUAAUGAUGAUGUCGUCCAAGUAGCAAAGCGGAGCAAAGGUCAAGACGUGUGGAAGGAGUUGCUUCUCCAUCCGACACCCACUGUCCGCCACAUCUUGGUCGCGGGUGUUGGCAUCCAUUUCUUUCAACAAGCGAGCGGAAUAGACGCCGUUGUGCUAUACAGCACAAGAAUCUUUGAGAAGGCUGGGAUCGUCAAGGAUACCCCACAACUACUCGCAACCAUAGCCGUUGGGUUCGUGAAAACAAUGUUUAUCCUAGUGGCGACGUUCUUUCUUGAUAAGGUGGGACGUCGGCCAUUAUUAUUAUCUAGUGUGGCCGGUAUGAUCGUAUCAUUAAUGGGCCUUGCGAUCGGAUUGACCAUCAUAGAUCAUUCUGAUCACAAGCUGCACUGGGCUAUAGCCCUAUGUAUCGCGACAGUCCUAUCCUAUGUGGCGUUUUUUUCAAUCGGGAUGGGCCCGGUCACUUGGGUCUAUAGCUCGGAGAUCUUUCCACUGAGGUUGCGGGCCCAAGGGUGUAGCGCGGCGGUAGCAAUGAAUAGAGUGGUGAGUGGAACGAUUAGUAUGACAUUUUUAUCUCUCUCCCAUGCCAUGACAUUCGGUGGGGCCUUCUUUUUGUUUAUGGGUAUUGCAAUGGUGGCAUUUGUGUUCUUCUAUACCUUGUAUCCGGAAACACAAGGUAAGAACCUUGAGGAAGUUGAGCAAGUGUUUGGGACCUUUUUUAGGUGGAGAACAAGACAGGCCGAAUUAGAUAGACAAAAAGAGAUGGAACUGGAAAACAAACUGGCCCGAGACUAAGUUUUGGCCGGCCGGGUUGAUUUACCAAUGGAUAUAUAUAUGCCAAUUCAUUAAAGCGAUAUGCAAUCAUGCACGGCUUUUACUGCCGGUUCGCGUUGGAAGAUAUCGUACGUGUUUUGCUACAAGAAAGAUGAUAUAUAUGGAUCUAAUACUAGUAAUUACCUUUACAACAAGCUAGAAUGGUUAUAUAUAAUGCAAAAUGUUUUUCAUAAGUCAUUACGAGAAUGGUCAAGACUAUUCAAUUGUUAGUAAUAUGCAUUUGUUAGUUUUAUCGAACCAUAUAUAAAAGUGAUGUACCAAAAUCGUAGUUAAUUAGUUAUAUCUCAUAAUGUUUUUACGUA